CAUCAUUUUCUGAUUUUCUCUCUCUCUCUCUCGCUCGUGUUUCUCUCCCUUUUGCUUUCUCAAUUCAUCAUUCUUUCUGUUUUCUUCUUCUUCGUUAGUUUCAAAGGCUCAAGGGUUUUCAGUGACUCAUAGAUCUGGAAACUCUCUCUCUCUAGUUUCUAUCCAGGUUUUUCAUCGUUGCGGAACAACUCUACAUAUCUUUAGCGUUCUUUUGUAACUCGGAAAGCUGGUUUCUAUUUGGCACUUUGUGAAUUAGUUCAUCUACUGAAGGGACUUUAUGACCAUGGAGUUCCAUACAAACAAAAUGGAAAUGAUACUACCCCUAUUAAAUCGGCAAAGGUUUGAUGAAGCUUAACGAUUUAUUCAGAAGGAACACAAGAAGCUCCAGGGAACUUUUUAUAUCAGUAUUGACCAGUCUUAUAAAAGGUUUCUUCCCAAGAGACGUUAUAAGAUACAGUUUGUUAGAAUUAACUUACUUGAUUGAAAGAUUUCGUGAGACUUUAUCCUGGGAUAUAGUGAAAAUGGACAGAGCAGAUACUUCAGGCUUUGUAAGCGGUGGAGGCUGUAUGUUGAAAUUGCUUUUCCUAGAUGUAAAGUUCUGGUAGGUAUGUUCUGCUACUUCAACCUUCUGUAGCUGUAGUGCACGACAUCUGGAUAAUGGAUUUGAACAAGAAAGCUGUACUGUCUCCUCAUGAUGCUGAACUUAGAAUUGGUGAUACUACAUUAAGCUUGAAUGGCAUUGGCUUUGGAGAAACUGACAAUACUAGUUAUAGACGUACUCAGAGCAAUCUUGGGAUGAAGUUUUCCAAUGCUUCUGAAGAUGGCUGUAGACUGGUUCUGGGAUUGGGUCCAACCCCAAUGACAUAUGGUGAUGACUACAACAAUUUGGGGUUUAAUAAGAAGAAAAGGUCAACUGACCUUUUUCCUCAGCUCAUGCCAUCUGAAUGUGAAUCAAUUCUUCAGCUUGGUCUUUCUGGUGCAUCAAAUGAGCCAUCAAGUGUGCUGGACUACUCAGGUUCAGCUGAGACUGAUGUGAAUAUGUCAUGUUUUCCAAGCCAAACAUCUGCAGAAAUUAAUUACCCAAUGAUUCCUGUUGUCGACGAGGGUUCUACCUCAGCAAAGAAAUCAGGUGGCUAUAUGCCAUCACUUCUAUUAGCUCCAAGAAUGGAUAAUCCUAAAAUUUCGAUGCAGACACAAGAACUAAUUCUUGGCACAGAGCCUCAGUCUUGCCCAGAGCCAUCCAAUGUUACAAAUUACUCACUUGGCACUACAUCUGGGCUCCAGGAUACAGGGAUAACAUCAGAGAACCGAAUAAGCAAUCCUAAAAGAUGUAGAUAUUUUGGCUGUAAAAAGGGAGCUCGCGGUGCUUCAGGACUUUGUAUUGGACAUGGUGGUGGACAGAGAUGUCAGAAACCAGGAUGCAACAAGGGUGCUGAGAGCCGUACUGCUUACUGUAAGGCCCACGGUGGGGGGAGGAGGUGCAACCACUUAGGGUGUACUAAAAGUGCUGAGGGGAAGACAGAUUAUUGCAUAGCACACGGUGGUGGCAAGCGAUGUGGUUAUCCAGAUGGGUGCACGAAAGCUGCACGAGGUAAGUCAGGACUUUGCAUUAGACAUGGAGGGGGUAAGAGAUGCAGGAUAGAAGGUUGCGCCAGGAGUGCUGAAGGGCAGGCUGGCUUGUGCAUCUCUCAUGGGGGAGGACGCCGUUGUCAGUACCUAGGAUGCUCAAAGGGCGCGCAAGGGAGCACCAUGUUUUGCAAGGCUCAUGGAGGCGGAAAGCGUUGUUCAUUUGCAGGGUGCAGUAAAGGAGCUGAAGGAAGCACUCCACUGUGCAAGGCACAUGGUGGGGGGAAGCGUUGCCUUUACAAUGGCGGUGGCAUUUGCGGAAAAAGCGUUCAUGGAGGGACAAACUUCUGUGUUGCUCAUGGUGGUGGAAAGAGGUGUGCUGUUUCAGGCUGCACCAAGAGUGCUCGUGGCCGCACUGACUGUUGUGUUAGGCAUGGUGGGGGAAAACGGUGCAAGUCUGAAGGCUGUGCUAAGAGUGCACAGGGUAGCACAGAUUUCUGCAAGGCCCACGGUGGAGGAAAGCGAUGUAGCUGGGGAGAUGGAAAGUGUGAGAAAUUUGCUCGAGGAAAAAGUGGGCUCUGUGCUGCUCACUACAGCUUGUUGCAAGAACGAGAAACGAGCAAGGGAAGUCUGAUUGCACCGGGGCUGUUCCGCGGUCUUGUAUCUGCUACUGCUACUGCUUCCACUGCCUGUAGCAGUUUUGAGAACUAUUCUUCCUCAGGAGUCAGUGUUGUAUCUGAUUCCUAUGAUUCUAUGGAAACACCUGCUAAAAGACACCACCUUAUCCCCAAGGAGGUGUUAGUUCCACUCUCCAUGAAAUCACCAUCUUAUUCAAACUUCUUCACAGCCAAGAAGCCAGAGCAAGACAGGAACAGCCACAGCACUGCGGCCGGCUCCAGCGGCGCCGGUAGCAGUUAUCGGAAAAGCCUCGACUUCAGUUUGCCGGAGGGCAGGGUCCACGGUGGCGACCUCAUGACGUUUUUCGGAGGAAAUCUAAAAAACGCACUCGACGGUAUCUGAGACGAGAGGGUGUCUGAACUCUUAAGACUCUAAACUUGUAGAUUCAUUUUAGAAAAUAGGAAUCAUUUCCUUCAUGGAAUUGUGCAUAAAGGAUUGUUGUGCUUGUUCAAUAACUUAGUUAUAGUAGUGUGAGGUGUUGAUUGUUAGCCAUUACCAUUAGACUCUUAUUGUUUGUAGUGUGCAGUGCUUCAUCAUUAAGAUGGCUUUGAUUCUUCUCAAAUGUAAACAAGGCUCAUAAAUCCACAGCCACAAACAUCAUCACUUUCUGUACUAUUUGCUGCAACUAAAUCAGUGUAUUCUUAAAUCUUAUAGUUUCAUGUUUUCUGUUAA